AUGAGAAGCACUCAAGAAACUCUCGUGGAGGGAGGCAAGGCCACUGGUCCGGGGCCAUUGAGGGGUCUAAACGAAUUGGACUUGCAUCUGUCCCUCUUGACCUCGAGAGGCAGAUUCACCAGCAUGCCGGCAUCUCCACCACACGUUUCUGAUACCAACUCAUCAAAUUCUGUUGACCAUUACACAUCGGAAGCAAGUCCAAGGACAGAGUCCAGUAUCAUUGUCCGAAUUGACGACAUGGAUGUUGAUGAGCCGACUCCCGAUUCAGGCCCCGGACAGGAUGUCGUCGAGUAA